GUGAAUUUAUGAAAAUGCAGCAUGACUGUUUGUCGUAGACUUGUCAUUUAGAAUUUUAGCUGGAUGCGUUGUGGAACGCCUCCCACUGUGCUUGGUUGUGAUUCGUGCUCUGUCCCAUAGAAAGGCGAUACAGAGCUGGUGUUGUUUUCCUGUCUUUCUGUCUGAUAGCAAUCCUCCGUCAGCAUCGGGCGCUGAGGACGCACUGAUGCAAUCAUCGCUGUGGUAACGGCAGAGAGAGAAGCUGAUUCUGGGAGACAGAGGGAGGCCACCAUGUGCCGAAAUGUGUCCAAAUACGCUCUACUUUUCUUCUUCCUCGCUCUCUUUGGAAUCCUCUUCCUGCUUCGCAACAUCCAUACUGUGGAGAACUGGAACUGUCACACGAUUUCAGCUCUCUACCAGCUGCAGAGCAGGAUCCAGUCGUCCUACCUCCCCGUCAGUCUCCCCACUUUUCAUCGCAACCGCACCUUCUGUGCUCACCUGGGCCAGAAACCCUCCCCCAAAGAUGAGCUGGAAGAGCGCUACCUGCUGGACUCCAUCGCCUGGCCCGGGCCCCCGCCUCGCUCCGCACCGAUGGCCUUGCGCCUGACGAGCGACCCUUUGCACAGCCUGUUCGCCAUCCUCCCCACUAAAGGAGGCAGGGAAUGGCACGUGGGUGACCAGCUGGAGGUCCUUGUCCAGAUGCACGACUUCCAGGGUCGUCCCAAGCGUUAUGGUGGCGAUUUUAUUUUGGCCAGGCUGCACUCUCCGGAGCUCGGGGCAGGUGUGGCAGGUAAAGUGCUGGACCACAGGAAUGGAUUCUACUCUGCUCUGUUCCCGCUGCUCUGGGUGGGAUCUGCACAGGUCGAGAUCACGCUGGUGCACUCCAGCGAGGCAGUCGCCGUGUUGCAGCGGCUGAGGGAAGAGCGACCCGACCGGGUGUUUUUUAAGAGCCUGUUCCGCCUGGGCUUCCUGUCUGAAACUACUGUGUGCAACAUGUGCCUGCCACCGGAUCAGCAGCCUCUCUGCAACUACACAGACCUUUACACCGGAGAGCCAUGGUACUGCUAUAAGCCGAAGAUGCUCAGCUGCGACACCAGAGUCAACCACGCCAAAGGAGGCUACCUGAAACACCUCAUCACCAACAAGGAGGCACUGCUGUUCCAGAGUGGUGUAAACAUCAAAGUUCACAUACAGGCUUCAGGACCUGACAGAGUCACUGUGCUCCCGCCAAGAAAGGAUAAAGCAGAGGCAGAGAGCAGCAGUGCAAAACCAGACACCAUUAUGCUGGCAUCAUCUGGGUAUUACUACGAGGAAUCAUGGAGGCCAUCAGGUGGCGUCACGAUGCGCCAGUUCAAUGAAUCGUCUGCCAUCAUUAAGUGUUUGAAGAACAAGAUGAUCCACCUUUACGGAGACUCCACCGUCAGACAGUGGUUUGAGUACCUCAUUGCUUUCGUACCAGGGUUGAAGGAGUUCAACCUGCACAGUCCUAAAAACGUCGGACCUUUCAUGGCAGUGGACAACACACUCAACAUUCUCUUGAAAUACCGCUGCCACGGUCCACCCAUCCGCUUCUCCACCGUCAUGUCCAGCGAGUUGAGGUACAUCUCCAACGAGCUGGACGGCCUCUCUGGGGGUCCCAACACCGUCGUGGUCCUCAGCAUCUGGGCCCAUUUCAGCACCUUCCCCGUGGAGGUAUACAUACGAAGGCUGCGGCACAUUCGGCUGGCGCUGGUGCGACUUCUGGACCGGGCGCCUGGGACGCUCGUGGUGAUCCGCUCGGCCAACCUUCAAGCCUUGGACCAGGAGGUGAGCCUGUACAACAGCGACUGGUACUCCCUGCAGCUGGACAAGGUGCUCAGGGCCAUGUUCAAGGGAAUGAGCGUCCUGCUGGUGGAUGCCUGGCAAAUGACUGUAGCGCACCACCUCCCCCACGCCCUCCAUCCGCCACCAGCCAUCGUCAAGAACAUGAUAGACAUGCUGCUGUCUUACAUUUGCCCAGAGAAGAACAAGAGCUAACAGGAGCAGGACAGUGAGGAAACUUAAGGAGUUCUCCGUGUGAAUCCACCGACAUGUUCUUCAAAUCUUUUAUUCCCCUGAAGCCACCCCCCCCCACCCUAACUGGAAGAUUUACCAGACGGAUCUGACUGAACCAUCUGUUUACUUGCCUGAUACAUUUCAUCUUUUCAUCCGGGAAUGCCAAAGACCUUGGUGACAUGUGCUGAGGUAUUCUGUGUGUAUGCAGUACUUUUAUGUAACUGGCCCGUAUCUGCUGCCGUAUCUGCUGCCGUCUCUCAGAAUCACAGUGUGCGCUUUGUGUUUUUCUAUUAGUGUUGGUCACUUAUUUUGCCAAAGUUAAAAUCGCGGUGACAUUUCAUUCCAGCAUUGUUUUUUCUGAGCCACGUUUCAACACCUCAAAGAUUGUCUGUUACUGUUGAUAUGUGUAAACUGUGAGCCCGUGUGCAAUAAGUUACCUGUAAUGUGAAUCAUAUACUGUAUGUUUACUGCAUUGUAUUUGAGGUCCAUGCGUAUCAUUGCCCUGCAAUGCACCGGCACGUUUGACAGCCAUAGUAUUGCCAACUAUAAUUUUCUUGCUCUAUAUUUUUUCUAAUAUAGAAUUUUAUUGUACAGCCGACUUUUUCCUGAUGACGUCUCUAACUUACAGAUCUGCCUCUUUGCCUUUCAGACACCAAAUUUUACCACGGUAAAAAUCAUCAAAUCAAAAACAGGCAUUGUCCGACCUUUACAUAAUGACUCGUUUGUGUUUAUAUUUUACUUUAUUUUACAGAAAUCAUUUUCAUUCUAUGUUCAGUUUUGUUUUUGUGUGUUUUUAACGGACAUCUGAGCGUUAAUUUAGAAAGAUCAAAUAGUGGCACAUGUUCAUUAGAGCCCGACCGAUAUGGAUUAGGAUUCUGAAACCAAAAUAUGAUAUAAAAAUUAGCAGUGAUGCCUAAGAUGUUAUCAAACCUUCAUCAAAAAAAUGGAAUUGAGGUUUGAUAUUUUACAGUUUAAACAUGAACUUUAUCACAACCUAAAAACAACCAAAUAUCUAUUAAAUGUAAACACAUAUUUCUGCUUUGUUAAAUCGAUAUCAUUUAUGUUUUUUAUAUCACCGAACAUAAACAAUGAUCCUGAUAUGUCUGUGAAAGGAUCGUAAAUCGGACUCUAAUGUUCGUCAAAGGACGUCAGUGAUGGAGGGAGAAAACAGUGGAGGUUGUUCAUUGACAGUUUUCAGAUCUUUGUGACAUAAUGUGCCUAUUUUUAUAUCUAAUUCUGUCCCCGACGACGAUCAAAGUAUUAAUUCAUGAUCUAUAAUAAUUGAUUUGAUUUGUAUUUCUGGUUUUGUUUUUCUAAUAUUGUUAAAAAGAUCAAGUCAUGAAACCAUGAGCUCGCUCAAACUGUGGGUUAUAGAUCGAGCUCCUGUGUCUUCAUCAUUCAAUUAACUUAUUCCUCCGUCGCCCAUCGAAAUCCUGGAUCUAAUAAAGACGAAUUCUGGAGCCAAAGAGUGUACCUGCUCUACGUGAGGAGCCAGACUGGACUCACUGUAAUAAAAGAGGCUAGCACCUGAAAUGUUCCUCACCAGUUCGUUGUACAUGAAAUUACUGUGUAUUUGAUUUUUUGUUUUGUUAUGUUGCACAUCAGCUCUUAGUCACAUUUUCUAGCUGUUUCAUUCGAUGCCAUCAUGUUGCUGAAUCAGCUUCAAAUAAUUUCAAAUCAUAUUAAAAUAUUUAGUUCCUAAAAAUGUGACGUGGACGAGCUUACAUCGGUGUACCAUGUUUAUCAGUGUUACUGUGGGGAAUGUUGGAGGAUUUCAAAGAAAACCAAUGCAGCUGAUUAAAAGAGCCAUGCAAAACCCAAAUGACUGUUUUAUUUAAAAC